AUGGCUGGUAGCUCCUCAAUCAUCGCGUCGUCCACGCAAGAGCCAUCCUCUGCCAUAGUGACGCCAUCAGUGAAUCCGCUAGCGAUUUCAUUUUCGCCAGACACACCAUCUGUCACCCCUGCGGCGCUCUCCACAACAACUUCGACAACCAACACACCCCUUAACACCAGUAGUUCUACCACUGUAUUCGUGCAAACGCAAGCCCAGGCUGCCACUACCAGCAUCGUUCCGACCACUACCCAGGCCGAGACCCCCUCGACCACUGCUGCAGCACCCACACAGAGCCAGGCCUCCUCCUCUAGUUCUUCCUCUUCCGGCACAUCACAAAGUGACAUUGAUCAAUAUCUUAACGAUCAAAAUACGGUCCGCGCGCAGCAUGGCGCCUCAGCCUUCACAUGGAACAAUACUCUCGCGGAUGCGGCGCAGAAGUGGGCCAACGGCUGUGUCUUCCAACAUUCCGGUGGCACUCUUGGUCCCUACGGAGAGAAUCUUGCUGCCGGCACGGGCAGCAGUUAUGGCAUUUCUGCGGCCAUUACUUCGUGGACAAGCGAAGUUUCUCAAUAUAAUGCGAAUGACCCCGUCGCGUCGCAUUUCACUCAAGUCGUGUGGAAGGCUAGCACAGAGGUCGGCUGUGCUGUUCAAGAUUGCAGUGGCAUCUUCCCGGCCAGUUUCGGCCUGGCGCAAUACUACGUAUGCGAGUAUUUCCCCCAGGGCAACGUCAUCGGGGAGUUCGCGUGA